AGAAAAAAAAGCGUACAAACAAACUGCAAUCGUUGAGAUAAAACAAACAGUUUUUGGUUUCUUCAGCUACUAACUAAGCAAUGGCCACACUUCUGCAAAUCCCCCUUUUUUGUUCUUCUCUUCAAAGUGGUGACGUCAGCAGAUUCCGCGGCUCAAUUUCUAGGUCAAAUUCUAAUUACAGCAGGUUGAGGGUUAGAUCUGUCAAGGAGAAAACAGAGGAAAUCAAAACCCCUUCUUCUUCCCCUGAAGAAAUUACCAAGAAAUAUGGCCUUGAAGCUGGUCUUUGGAAGAUAUUUAGUUCAAAAGAAACAGAUGGAGAAACGAACGAGACGAAGUCGAAAGGGAACCAAGCGAAGGAACUCCUGGCGAAAUACGGAGGAGCAUAUUUAGCCACUUCGAUUACUCUCUCAUUAAUAUCGUUCGGGCUAUGCUAUGCCCUAAUCAACGCCGGAGUCGAUGUACCAGCAUUGCUGCAAAAGGUUGGAAUUUCUACAAACGAAACAGGGGAAAAGGUGGGGACUUUUGCGUUGGCUUACGCCGCCCACAAAGCAGCUUCUCCGAUUAGGUUUCCGCCAACUGUAGCCCUUACGCCAGUUGUCGCUAGUUGGAUUGGCAAGAAAGUCGAUAAAGAGAAAUGAAAUGGCACGAUUAUGUCGGAACCAAAUUCCAUCGUGUAAUUUAAAUUUUGUUGCCGAAAAAAAUAGCCAAAAAUAGCCAUGCACCGAUGCAGCAUGUAUGUAUAUGUAUACGUAUUCGUAACUUUAAAUAGCGAUUAUUGAAUAAAACUUAAACAAAUG